AUGCAGUUAGGCUCGACUCAGCGGUCGCCGCAGCUGUCCCACUCCGCGCUCGGCUCGGCGCAACAAUCGCCGCAGCUGUUCUGCGCUGCUUCCGCAUCGGCUCCGCAGUCGCCGCAGCCGUUUCUCGUGGCGGGGCGCGUCCAGCAGGCCCUUCAGGAGAUGAUUGGCGGCGACAGCCCAGCCGUCACUCCGCAACUUGCGCCUCAGGGUGCGCCGACCGCAGGCCUCGUAGGGGCCAUGACUCCGGUGCUGCUGCCCGCUUCCGCCAUCGGCGGAAACGCAGGCGCAGCUGCUGGCGCAGCUGUUGGCGGGCGGCUCGGCGGAAGGAGGAGCCCGAAGAAGGCGCGGGGGGAGGAGCAGGCGGAGGCGCAAGGGCAGCGGAAGCGCAAGGCGAAGGCGCCCGGAAGCCAACCGCCACCUCCCCCGACAGCGGCGGAUGGUUCCCCAGUGCCCGCGUACCGCGGGGUGCGCUACCGCCCGUGGGGGAGAUGGGCGGCGGAAAUCCGGGAUGCGGGGGGGAAAGGGCGCGUGUGGCUGGGAACGUUCGACUCUCCGGAAGCGGCGGCGCGCGCAUAUGACGCGGCUGCGCGGGAGAUCCGAGGUGCCAAAGCGCUGCUGAACUUCCCCGAUGACGUGGACGAACCGAAAGCGGACACGUGUCAGGGUCCGGCGGAGGCUGGGGAAGCGGAGGAGGGAGCAGAGGCGGAAGGGGAGGCGGAGGAUGAGUCGAUGUCGGAGAGGGAGGAGGAGGAGAAGGCUGGGAGCGGCGGAGAGGAGGGUGACGGCGAUGGGGAGGCGGAAGGAGCGAGGGCGCUGAAACGGCUGAAGAGGAGCCAGGAAGCGGCCGAGCAGGAGACAGCGCAGCACGCAGCGCAGAACACAGCGCAACCCACAGCGCAACCCACAGCACAGCCCGAAGCCCAAGACGGACCGCACGAGCUCAAUGGCGGGCGAGGAGCCGUCGACUUGCUGUGCUGCGAGCCGCCGCUCGUGCCGGCGGAACCGCGCGCGGUGACGUCAGCACUGCCGUCUCCGCCUGCUGAUUCAGCUGUAGCGGCUGUUGCAGAUGCCGCUACAGCUGCUACAUCAACGGCCACGAUUGGAAAUCACACGGUUACAGCUAUACGCGCGGAGGAGCGGGUCCCAGGGAUCGCAGCUCUGCCCACCACCCCUGCUGCUGCUACAGCUUCCACAGCUAGCGCUACAGCCGCAGGGGUUGUGGUCAGUGGUGCACCUUUGCACGGGGCCGCAUCCGUACCCGCUACAAACACAUGUGUUGGAGUCACACAAGUCGGCAAAUUGUACGUAGAAGUCAAUACAUCUGUUUUGUACUCCUCUCCGGCACCAGGGUCUACACACAAGGCUCUGGCAUCGGCCAGCAGUGCUGCUUGUGUUGCCACUGGUGUUGGCGCCGGUGUUGGGGUAUCAAGUGUUGCAACGGCACCGACGCUUUUUCAGGCCAGUGUUCAAGGUCAGCAAGGGGCCUUCCCAGAUCAGCAGCGGGUCAUUCCAGAAGAGCAGGGAGUGUUUCCAGCAGCAGGGAGCGGAAGGUGUGCUGUGGAUCUACCAGACAUGUUCUGCGACCUUGUGCCUGCACAUGCCAUGCAAGGAGGCAACAGGCAGCAGCGAUUCAACAUGCAAGCUGCUGCUGCCCCUCUGCCUGCUAAUGCCUCUACCCCACUGGCCGAAUUUCCAGCUGCACCGGCAUGCAUGGACGCGUACACAGCACUCCCAACCGCUGAUGACGAUGCUUUUGAUGCUGUCGCUGCUUUCCUCGGCCCCGAUGUCUCCCCUCCGCCUCCUCCUCCCGUCGCCUUUUCCACCAUUCAGCACGACACCCUUGCUGCUGCUGUUGCCGGUGGUGCUGCCCGCAUGGGUGCUGCUCCGUAUGGUGCUGCUUUCAGCGGUGCGGGCAGCAGGAGCAUCACUGCCAGCAGGAGCAGGAGCAUGAGCAGUGCGGUGAGCUGGAUUGCUGCUGAGCUGGAGAGUGCAUUGGAUAUGCAGGAGACGGUGGGAGAUCUGUGGGGGGAGGAGGGGGUGGAUGAUAGCACGGGCAUCUGGAGCAGCAGCGUGGGAGGGGUGGCAGGCGAGGGAGGGGAGGGAGGACGGGAAGGGAGCUUGGGUAUGGGGGGAAUGGAUAUGGGAAUGGGUGGAGUAGGGUAUGGAGGGGUGGGGAGGAGAGAGAGUGACAUGGGGUCGACGUUCCAAGUGGUGCGGAGGGAGAGUGACGUUGCAGCAUCAUUCCUUGUCAGUUCCAGGGGGGAGGCGAGGCAGCAGGGGAUUCAGGAGGAGGUUGAGGGUGGUGGAGCUGCUUCAGGGGGUGAUGCAGAGUGGAGAUCCCCAGGGAGGCGCAUAUUUGAGCAGGCUUACUGUGCAACAGAAGCUUCAUGGUAA